AAGCAUUCUCAAAAACCUCAGUCACAAGCUAAAUACUAUAGUUGAUCUCUUCUUUUAUGUUCUUUGGUUCAUAGGGAGCGCAAGUUCUUCCAAAGUUAUAAUUGAGAGAAGCAAAGAAAGAUGCAAAUUUUCCCAGGAAGUCUGGUAAAACUCUGGAAUGGAUGGGAGAUUCGUGCGCUGGUUUUAUCAAGUCUGUUGCUGCAAAUUACACUUAUCGUGUUCGGUGCUCGAAGAAAGUACAUUGCUGGAAUGUGGAUUUCAUUCAUUGUUUGGUUAGCCUAUUUAUCAGCAGAUUGGCUAGCAACUGUUGCAUUAGGAGUACUUGCUAGCAGCCAGGAUAAUGAUCCAAAUAAUUUUUCUACCAAUCCAAAUUAUUUAAUCCAUGCAUUUUGGGCACCUUUCCUUCUCUUGCAUCUUGGUGGUCCAGACACUAUCACUUCUUAUUCUUUAGAGGAUAAUGAGCUGUGGUUAAGACAUUUGCUUGGAUUGUUGAUUGAGGUCAGUGUUGCCUUUUUUGUAUAUUUAAGGUCUUGGUCUAACUCUGCACUUACAUUCAUAGCAAUGCCAGUUUUUAUUGCUGGACUUGUUAAGUAUGGGGAGAGAACUUGGGUGCUUAGGUGUUCAAGCACCAAGCGUCUUCAAGAAUCUUUACUCUCAUUAUUAUCUUCUGUUCCUUCUAACACAACUAAUGGAGGAGCUAAAGAUAAGAAGAUUCUUCCGCGAGGACCAUGUCCUCCUCCUUCUGCCAAUUUCUUUCAUCGAGCUCAUUACUUAUUCAAAAUGUCCUUGUAUUUAUUCGAAGAUCUUACACUAAGAUUUUCCGAAUUAAAAGAUAGUCACUCGCUCAUAUCCUCUGUAAAUUCAUCAGAAGAAGCCUUUAAGCUUGUAGAAGUUGAGCUCGGAUUGAUCUAUGAUCAGCUUUACACAAAGGCUCCUAUUGUUUAUUCUAAAUUAGGUCUCCUUCUUCGUUCUGUUAGUCUUUUAUCCUCAUUUACUGCAUUAGUUGUCUUCUCAAUCACCAUUGAUGGUCAUCAGGAGUAUUCAACAGUCGACAUUGCUCUAACUUACUUAUUGCUAGUUGGAGCUAUUGUUUUAGAAGUACAUGCAAUGGUGCAUCUCAUUUUCUCUGAUCAGACAAUGAUUUGGUUAAGCAAAUCUGGGAGUCCACCAACUAAUUCUAUCUCAAGAACUGUUAACUUUCUCCACAUGAAUUGCAGAAGUGGAAAAAGAUGGUCGGGAUUGAUGGGACAAUACAAUCUGAUAAAUUCUUGCCUCAAAAAUGACCCACCCGAGUGGUUAAAGUAUUUUGGAAUUGAUGAAAUGAUCAAACACUUCGACAUAAACUUGGUCAAUGUGAAUGCUGAUGUUAAGGAUGCAAUCUUCAAUCAUAUUCGUAAGAAAGGCAAUCAAAUUGUUGAUGAGAUAGCCAAUCCAAGAGAGCUUGAUGAAAUUAAAGUGGCUGAUGAAAUGUUCAGUGCACAAAUGUUGCGUGAUUCUCUUUUGUUUUUGAGAGGGAUUGGACCGCUUCAAGCCAAGAGGGAGUUUCUUGAAGGACCUGAAAGGUUCACUCAAGUAGUUCCAUUUAGCAAUAGCAUACUCAUUUGGCACAUAGCUACUGAUAUUUGCUAUUAUAGAGAUCUUGAUGAUCAAACUCAUCGCAAUAAAGAUUAUUCUAAGCACAAACUCAGCAAAACCUUGUCUGAUUACAUGUUGCAUAUUCUUGUCUUCAAUCCAAAUUCACUGUCUAAAGAGAAUCGAAACAGGUACGCAUAUCGAGAUACAAAGAAAGCAAUUGAAGAUUUUCUCUUUAAAGGUGAUAUUGGCAAGAAGACGAGCUAUAGUGAAAAGGAAGCUUGCUUGAAAAUACUUGAAGCCAACUUUACAGAUGAAGAUGUGGAGAGACAGAUAAUUGCAGGUGAGAAUAAGAACUCUAUGCUAUUUAGUGGAUUUCUUCUUGCAGAAGAAUUGCAGACAAAGGAAUUUGAGGAGAAAUGGGAUGUGUUGAGUGAAGUUUGGAUAGAAAUGAUUGCUUAUGCUGCAAGUCAUUGUGAAAGGAAAGAACAUGCUCAAAAACUUAGAACUGGGGGAGAUUUACUCACUCAUGUUUGUCUGCUUAUGGCUCAUUUUGGUUUAAAUAGACAAUUGAAAGAAGCUCGUCCAUUUGAAUUCCCCUUAAGUUAAUUUUUAUAUAUGAUGAUAAUUAGAGUAUAUUGGAGAAUUGGUCCCUGCAGAUUGAUUCUGAUUUUCAUUUUACAAUAAGCUAUGCACUGUGUAAUAUUGUUUGAGUUUUGUUUUGAUAUAUAAAAUUUUUAGUAUAUAUUGUCA